UAUAUAUAACUCUGAAACUAUCAACUACAACAAAGAAAUUAGCUCUCCUUUUUCCUCUCAUGAGGCUCAUCAUGGCAAUUAUCUUGCUAACCUUCUGCAAACAAGUAACCCUAAUCCUUGGGGAUAUCGGGACAGCCACCUCUUACAAACCACCCUACACACCAACUAGGUGCUAUGGCAGUAGACAAGAUCAAUUCCCUCCCGGAAAUCUGUUCAUUGCUGUGAGUGAAGGGCUGUGGGACAACGGAGCUGCCUGUGGGAGGAGGUACAGGCUGAGGUGUUUGAGUGGCAAUAAUAGGCCAUGCAAAGAUGGUACAAUUGAUGUAAAGGUGGUGGAUUACUGCACAAAAUCACCCUGCCCUUCUACUAUCCUCAUGUCAAAUGAUGCUUUUUCCGCUCUCUCCCGCUCUCCCGAUGCUAAAAUCAACAUCGAAUACAUCCAGUAUAACAACAUAUAUCCCUCCUUUUUCUCCUUCUCCUUCUCUUCUCCUCUCCUUCUUCCUAAUGACUUAUUUUUCAACAUUGUUGUUUUGCAGGAUUUGACACCAAAUGCAGAAAGAAAUGUUGCAUUGUAAUGUAAAUUUUGCAGCAGGGUUCUGUGUGUACUUUGGUCAUGUAACAGUUUUCAAUAAAAGAACGGAAUCUAAAAUUUGUUGU